GGUCCUGCCGUGGUGACGUCAUGGUUACCAUGGAGAGGCCGGCUCGGUAGAGACCCUAGGCUGAUAGAGCUUUGAAGCUGUGUCAGCUGGCACCAUGAGCGGUCGGAGUAGGGGUCGAAGGUCUUCCCGCGCCAAAAGCCGGGGCAAAGGCCGGGCCAGACCCCGGGUCCGAGCCGCCGAGGGCGACGCCUGGCGCGAUGCGAAGUCGCCAGAGGGCCCGCAGCUGGAGGAGGACACCGCGGCCGAGCAGGUGCAGGCCGGUGCUGCUCAGGGAGGCUCGGAACCGGCCGAGCUGGGGGAUGAUGCAGUCCGCCGCCUCCCACUGGACUGCGGCCUGGCGCUGCGAGCACGGGCUGCAGGCGAGCGCGGGCUGGCAGCCACUGACCCGGGCCUGGAGAGGGCCACAUCCCUCGCCGAGCGUCUGGCCACCGACACCAGCUUCGUGGGAACGGUGGGAGCCUUGGCGAGGCUGCGACACAGCUCCCGCCUUGGAAACCGGCGAGUCCCCGGGAGGAAGGCCCCAGACAGUCGGAGCGCUGCGGGGAGGGGACCUCAGGCCAUAGUCAGUGGGAAGCCAAAGAUGGGCACUGCAGGGCCAUGUGUCGCUGUCCCAGUGGGGGAGGAAAGGAAGGUAGCAGAGAAGCAUGCUGGGUCAGGGUCGCCCGUGACAAUAGGCAGCAUGGAUACCCUGGAGACGGUCCAGCUAAAGCUGGAGACCAUGAAUGCACAGGCGGACAGGGCCUAUCUCAGGCUCUCCCGUAAGUUUGGUCAGUUGCGACUUCACCAUUUAGAGCGCCGGAACCUGCUUAUCCAGAGCAUCCCCGGCUUCUGGGGGCAAGCUUUUCAGAACCAUCCCCAGUUGUCAACUUUUCUGAAUACCAAAGAUAAGGAGGUAUUGAGCUACUUGAACAGACUGGAGGUGGAGGAGCUUGGCCUUGCUAGACUGGGCUACAAAAUCAAGUUCUACUUUGGCCGAAACCCGUAUUUCCAAAACAAGGUGCUCGUCAAGGAAUAUGGGUGUGGUCCCUCCGGCCAAGUGGUAUCUCGCUCAGCUCCAAUCCAGUGGCUCCCAGGUCACGAUCUACAGUCCCUGAGCAAGGAAAGCCCAGAGAAUAAUGGUAGCUUCUUUGGGUGGUUUUCAAAUCACAGCUCUAUUGAGUCUGACAAGAUUGUUGAGAUAAUCAAUGAGGACCUGUGGCCCAAUCCUCUACAGUACUACCUGAUCAGUGAAGAAGCCCGUGGAGAGAAAGGAAAGGAAGAAAGGCCAGGUCCAGCAAAACAGCCAGUGGAGACCACUGAACCCGGGGCAAAGCAGCCCAACUGAUGCUGCGCGGACAUCCCUACUACCUCCUGCCGGACCUGCUGGGAUGACCGCGUGGGU